AGCGCUUCGUCAGUUGCGUACUCUUCCGUUUAAGCAGCUUGUGACAUUUUUUUCUGUUACUACAAGAUGUUUACUUGGAUGAGCCGUGCGAAUUUCGACGAGGAUCCCGAUAAUUCCGCGUGCGAAGCCGCCAUGGAACUGCUAAGGAGACAACAGUAACUGGAAGGACUUCAUAGCAACACAGGCAGUAGUGGUGCCAUGGAUGAUGAAGAGCGUCUUGAGGGUGAGGAAGAAAUGGACUUAGAUGAAGCCUCCGAUGGUGAAGACGAAGACGAGGAAACAACAGGCAUUCCUGUCUCACCAGCAACCUCAGAUCAGUUGCUUGGCCCUGCACCAAUAACUCCUGGUAGCAAGGAAGCACAAAAGUUUGUUUCUCUUACAGUAACCCCAGAUGAAGCUUUUCAUGAUCCUUUAAGGUACCAGAAAUUUCCACUCCCUGGAGCAAAACCUUUGAAUAUUAGACGAGGUCCGGGUAGACCGAGAAAAGAACGUCCACCUGGAAUUACCCGCGGUGGAGGCGCUCGGAGACCUUUCGGAAGAGGGACUACCAGGGGCAAAGGUCUUGGGUACGCAAGAGGUAUACCACGGCGUACUAAGAGUAAAGACGAUGACACCCAUUCAGAAUCCCCAAGUCCUCUUCGUCUCAGUGAAGAUGUUGCUCCUGAUGGAGAAACAUCUAACACUGAGAGAUGCAUGCCGGCACCAGAAGAACCACCAUAUUUUCCAGAGCAGUGGCCAGGGAAAGUAUGUGCUUUAUGUAAUUUGGGUGAGAGGAGUCAACUAGGUCAAGGUGAAUUGUUAAGAUUUACCUGUCCUGAAGGUUUCACUCCCGAAAAGCCAACUAAUCGCGACGAUACAACAGAUCAUCUUAUUGAUAUAUCUACUGGAGAUAAAAGUCCACGUACAGCAGGCCCUGGUGCUGUUACUUGCCGGAGGCAAAAGAGUCUAGCUAAGUGCAGAAAUACUAGUCUAACAAAUUUUUCGGAACCAGUGGAGGAAUUAACCAUAGUGGGAUAUUCUGAGGAACCAGAGAUAGGAACAUUAUUUGAAUCUACCGGGCACUAUUACGUUCAUCAAUCUUGUGCUGUAUGGUCAAGUAACACUCAAGAAUUAACAACAGAAAUACUGAGUCCAACAAUAGUUCAAGCGUCGUUAAGACGUUGUGCUUACUGUUCUCAUUAUGGAGCUGGAAUUCCUUGCAAGGUGGCAUCGUGCAAUCGUUAUUUUCAUUUACCAUGUGCUGCGGCUUCGAGUUGUUUCCAGGAUACAAAAAGUAUGUCCCUCUUUUGUAGUCAACAUCUGGGACAGGUUCCACUUAUGUUGAACGGUGAUGUUACUUGUAUGCAGUGCUGUGGGAUGGGAGAUGUUUCCAACUUAGUAAUGUGUUCCAUCUGCGGCCAACACUAUCACGGUGGCUGCGUUGGUUUAGAACUAUUACCUGGCGUUAGGGCUGGCUGGCAAUGUGUAUCUUGCAGAGUAUGUCAAGUGUGUCGUCAACCGGAAGAUGUAUCAAAAGUAAUGUUGUGUGAACGUUGUGAAAAAGCGUAUCAUCCUAGUUGUUUACGACCAAUUGUUACAUCUAUACCUAAAUAUGGUUGGAAGUGUAAGUGCUGCCGUGUAUGUACGGACUGUGGUUCGCGAACGCCGGGCGCCGGUCUAUCAUCACGGUGGCAUUCCCAUUACACUGUAUGUGAUUCGUGUUACCAACAAAGGAACAAAGGUUUUUCGUGUCCUCUUUGUAGAAAGGCAUAUCGGGCGGCCGCGUACAGAGAAAUGGUUCAAUGUAGUGCAUGUAAAAAAUUUGUUCAUGGUACCUGUGACCCUGAGGCUGACCCGUUAACGUAUCAGCAUCAUAAAGAAGCUAAGCCUGACUACGAAUACGUUUGUCUACACUGUAAAAGUAUGGCGAUGGUGAAGAGGAAAGAUAGUAUUGAUGAUUUUGGUGGAGAUUUGAGUUUAAGUGGUACCCAGGACAGUCUGUACGGUGAUGGAGAUUCGUCAGAGUUUGAUUAUCAGGGAGGAUCAGAGGAAGCAUUGUAUUCUAUAGGUCUUGGGAAAGGAAAACCAUUCUGUGCAUCUAAAAUCGCGAAGAAACGAUUGGGCCUCGGAGGCGGAAUAAUCGGCCGACCGAAAGGAAUUGGUAAACUAGGAUAUCAAAAACGACAGAAGAUGACAGAAUUUGGAAGGAAGAGAGGUCCAAAAGCGAAGAUGCGAGGUAUUUUUGGAGUACCAGGCGUAGGAUUGCAGAGGCCAGUGUCGGACUCGUUUUCGAAAGAAGAUGAACCAGGCAUUGAAAACAGACUUGUAUUAUGCUCUGCGAAGGAUAAAUUUGUACUGACUCAAGAUAUUUGUGUGAUGUGCGGUGCAAUUGGCACUGACCAAGAGGGGUGUUUAAUUGCCUGUGCACAAUGCGGUCAAUGUUAUCAUCCUUACUGUGCGAACGUAAAAGUUACUAAAAUAAUUUUACAAAAAGGUUGGCGGUGCCUUGAUUGUACAGUGUGCGAGGGUUGCGGCGAAAGGAACGACGAGGGUCGUUUGAUCUUAUGCGACGAUUGUGAUAUCAGUUAUCACAUUUAUUGCAUGGAUCCACCACUGAAUUGUGUGCCUCACGGCACUUGGAAAUGUAAGUGGUGUGCGCACUGUCAAACAUGCGGUUCAAACGAUCCAGGAUUUAAUAGCAGUUGGCAGAAGAAUUACACGCAAUGCGGCCCGUGUGCAUCACAUUUUAUCUGUAUAUCCUGUCAGGAAGCAUACAAUGAAGGGGACCUAAUUAUACAAUGUAUCCAAUGCGAAAGGUGGUUGCAUUGUGCUUGUGACUCGAUUAAAAACGAGAUAGAAGCUGAGAAAUGUGCGGAAGAGGGUUAUAUUUGUAUACUUUGUCGUCCGAGGGAUGUCCCGCCGCCGCAUCUUUUAUCUGUUCUACCUAAGCCACAGCUAAAUAAAUAUCCUCGUUCACCGCCACCAACAUCGCGCAGUCCUGAUCUGUUCAAACCUUCUCCUCAACAGUAUUUGGUUGACGGAGUUUAUUUGUCUGAAGCUGGCAUGAAUCACAUAAAAUCGUUGACGUCUGAACACCAACAGACAAGAAAGAAGAGGAGAAAAAUGCACCCUUUGAUCGACAAGGAAGCAGAUAUAAUGGCUACGAUAGAAUCGGUAGUGGCUGGUGGAAGCUUAGACAAUUCCUUAGAAGAAAACGGAGGGAAACUAGAUUUAGAUGUGAAAGACGAACCUACGGAGGUACUCAAGGAGGGCAUGGUAUGGGCGUUGCGUGACCAGCCACCACCCGAAGGUUUUAGUAUCUAUACAACUGAGAACGGGAUACCGAUUUUAAGACGCAAACGUCAGCGUAACUUACAAAAGUUGGGGAUUGGAGGUUUUAUCGUCAGGCUGAGAGGCACUCGCAAGGAUAAAGAGGAAGAGGGAGAUCCAGAGAAAUCGUUGGAUUCAGUGGUUGGUGUAAACGAUGAUAAACCACGCAGGAAACCACAGAGAAGAAAACCAAAGACAAAACUCUCUGAAUGUUUUCCUCUCUAUAUGCAAGAGGCAUUUUUUGGCAAAGAUCUUAUGGACACGACCAAAGACAAGGAAUUGGAAAGCAGCAGCGAGUCGGAUAGCGAACGAAAUGCGUCUGCUAACGCAGAUACUAUUCAGCUGUCUCAAGAUGAAUUAAAAGCGAUGGAACAAGUUAAGGCGAAGCAAGAAAAGGAAGAGGAAAAAGUACCUCCAGAAACUCCUAUAAAACGGGAAGAAAUUAUGGAUGACGAAGGCAGUGAUCCAGAAGCUCUUGGCGAUAUCUUGCCUAUUUCCGAUGAUUUACUCGAUAGUGAUAUUGUUAAUACUAUAAUGAAUGAACGAAACGAGGACUUAACUAAAACUAACGAAGCGCCAGAUGGAUUGGAUGACGCGCCAGGAACAGCUAAAGAUGAAUUGACAGACAUUCUUAGUCCGCAUUUCAAUUUAGAGUCCAUGGUCAGAGAUACAGGUAUACCUAAUAUGGACAGUAAGGAUAUCGAAGAAAUAUUCAAAGGAGUUCUGACGGAUGAAUCUCAAGAGUCUCAAGAAUCUUCUGUCUUUUCUGUUCAAACCCAGCCUCCUCAUCCUACAUCAUCUUCGACAACACCACUUGUAUCACCUUCACCGCAUCCUGGUAUGCAAAGCACGAUGCCUAUAGCAAGACCUCAAAUAGCUGGGGCACUGCCUUCUGUUGGACAAUCUAAUUUAAGUUCUCCUAUGAGUUUUCCACCGCCCUCACCGUAUCAUUCGGAGUACAGCAACAGCCCUCAGUUCAGUCCAGCUUUCUACGAACCACCAAGUCCAUGCGUCAAUCCUGAUGAUGAAGGUACAUCAUCAGCAGGCAAUACUACAAUCUCGUACAACCAAAGAAGUAAUCUUAAAAUGGAAGCCGAUGAAGCUUUAGGUUCAGGAGCAACUAUAUCUUCUGUGCUUUAUGCAAAUAUCAACUAUCCUGAUUGGAAAACAGAGUAUCCAGCUUGGUCAGAUAGAUGUAAACAAAUACUGAAGAAAUGGCGUGCGCUACCCAAUGAUAAAAAGGCUCCGUACCUAACAUUGGCGCGAGAUAAUAGGGCUGCGAUUCGUAUGAAAAAGACUCAACAGAUAUCCAAGGAUAUACCAAGCACGACCCCAGUCACUGCAACAAGUGCACCUACCAUCAUCACCAAACCUGUCACAACUAUGACAUCAGCUCAAGUUUCUCCAGUAGUAGCUAUGGCCUCCAAUCAAAGGCAGAUCGGACUUUUGGCCUCGGUGGGCAGUGAAAAGACACAGGAUAAGAGCGGAAUGACUGUGUCUACGACAGGAGUGACAGUAUCGACGACUAGCAGUAAUCAUCAUGCGGAGGUGUGUGCGGUGCAGGGACCGCCGAAGCAGCUAACAUCUUCUUCCCCGAGUCCUUCUCCAACAUCCACGACACCCUCUUCUUCACCCAGGCCCAGUUCUGUCAACUCUAUUAAUUCCAUUAACAGCCUGGCGCACCAAGAGAUAUCCGGUGGUAGCCAGGCUAGAGUAGCUCAGUCGCCAGCCACGCCUUGCACAUCAGCAACUGCUUCUUCUUACUGCAACACGGGCGCCGGUGAAGGGCAGCAUCAAACGUCACCAUCCCAGCAACGUCCUACACCUGCUCACAUUACGAUCAGUACCAGUACUAUCGCUAACAGUCUGAGCAUCUCUCAGCCGUCCCCCACUACCAACGUUAUGGUGGGGGUAGGUCCUGUACGCCAAUUAUCCUCGGUAGACCACCAAAUUAGAGUGCUCACCCCAUCUGAAAUCAUGCGCACCCUUCCCUCCCUCAGCCAGGAGCACUACGAUCCGCCACCCACUGCAAUUAUUCACACUGUACCUGUACAGUCCCCGGCUAUGGAGCAAGAGAGACUUUCCAAUAGAGAUCGUUCUAGCAGAGAAGCUGAACAAGAACGUCAAUGGAAACAGUUACAAGCACUGCGCCAACAGCAAGCACAGAUUCAGCAACAAGUUAUUCACGAACAACGUGUACAUGCUAUCACUAGAGUCCAUAGACAAAUAAGUGACGAUAAUACAACUCAGAUAAAUGCUGACAAUACUACAGGAUUAACUACUCAGUUGCAAGUAUCCACAUCACAGGACGGAAAUCAUAUGGGACCAUUAGCUUCACCGUCGCCUGGAUCACGCAACACAUUUGCAACCCCUCCUGUGAAAGUUACGCGAGGUUUAACGCCUCAGAGCCCUCAUCAGGGCAUACCACGUUUACCCAAUCAACCCUGCCCAACGAUGACACGACCAGUUGGGACUGUGGUCAGACCCGGAAUGCCAAAUAAUUUUACGCAACCACCGUCUCCGUUUUCUCCUCAAGCGUCUCAGUCUCCUCAUGAUUUCCCACAAUCUCCGGCCUCGUCGCAGUCCCAAGAUCAUUUCCAACGAUUUGACAAUACCGAAGCUUACUCUCAAGGCUCCCAAACACCGAGGUCACAAAUCGCUGGCACACCGUCAUAUUCCACGUCGCCUAGGAGUGACGUUUUCCCACAGCCUCCAGGUACACCGCGGCCUAUCUUUAACACUCCUAGUACUCGACCGACUACUCACGUAUACGCACCAUCUCGUACACCUGACCCAUACAGUAGUCAACCUCCGACGCCUUCUCCCACUCCGAAUUACUCCUCCCCAAGACCAGAAUCACGGCAAGAUUCCCAACCACCCGAGGUUUUCAAUCAACAACCAGAAGUGAAUAGACAAUUGCGUGAUCUUUUACAAAGACAACAGUUUAGUAAAAAACUGGAACCCGUAAGCACUACGUGGAAUCAAGAUGGGCAGAGUAAUACGGAGAACAAUCAGCAGCAGUUCGACGCAAGUCACGUGCAACUUCCUCAACACUCUCAAGCAUCAAGCAAUACCGGAGAAGGCACUUUCAGGCAUCCUCUUCCGCCUGGUAUCGUCAGACCUAGGAUGCCCGUUCAACCAAAUGUUCUAAUAAGAGGUCAAAUUGGGUUAAAUACGAGACAUCCUGUACCAGGAAAUAUGGAUGCCAGAGUACAGAAUAUCGAUCCACGUACUAGAAUGAUCUUGCAAAGACCGCAAGUAGGCGCAACUAUACCUCAACAACAUUUCCAAGCAAGUCAGACUAUACAAACACGAAUGCCAGUUGCGAGAAAUUCUAUUGCAGAAUCGUUCGACGUCUUACAGCAACAAAGAUUUCCAGAUCCCAAUCAAGGGCAAAAUAUAGCGCAACGCAUGAUACGGACACCUCAGGAUAAUUUAAAUCAGGGAAUCAGAAUGUUGGGUCAACAAGGAGUUGGCAUAAGAGCACCUCUGAUACCAACGACAGUUAGUGAAACUACGGUUAGCCCUUCUGAACCAUCAGAAAUUCCUGAUAAUGUCACGGCAGAGCUUGAAAAGUUGGAGCAAGAGGCAGCACCGAUGGUCGAGGUCGAGGACGUGAGUGCAAUAUUAGGAGACCUAGGCGAUGAUGACGAUGAACUUCUUGCUGAAAUGGGAGCAGAUUUUAAUAUUUUGGAGUAUGCAGACCCCGAAUUAGAUAACAUUGCCGGGGGCGAGAAAACAAACAUAUUUGAUUUAGACUUGGAACAGGUCGAGGUAGAGACCAAAGAUGAAAAACAGAAAAAGGAAGUUAAAGAUGAGGAUCGAAAACCACCAGAGUUAGGCGCGACCAGUGCGGUGCAUACUGAUAUAAGUGACGCGAGUACGACCACUACGGUCCAAACACCGACAGAGACAUCCAACGCUCCGACGCAAACACAAACCGUGACUCCAAUCUCUGCAGCAUCACAAACGCCACAGCAAUCAUCCACGGUUAUGCCCCAAUCGCAUGCUCAAGCCGUGGUUGUGCAGCAACAAAUGCAUCAACACGUACAGCAAGCCGCGGCGAUGGGUAGACCUAUGCCUCCGGGAACUCGGCUGCUUUCGCCCGACGGAGCGGUCGGUGUCGUCACAUCAACUAACACCGUUACGGUCAGUUAUCCGUCCACAUUCCCUGGACAUCCUCAGAGGAUACCGCAAACACAUAUCCAAGUGCCACAACAGCAGCGGCUUGGUAUGAGAGUAACAGGUGUGCCAAAUGUGGCUGGCAGAGUAGUUGCCGUGAAUCAUAUGAUCGGUCCUCGUAUGCCACUUGCUCCGCCACCGCCUCCUCCGCCGUACCCCGGACCCCCGCCCCCUUAUCCUGGACCUAUACAGAUGGGGCUGUGCCCAGGUGGGCGGGGUAUGACGCGGCCCCCAGUCCAUAUAGGGCACCCAGUACCAGUGGCGGGUCCACCGAUGGCCCCUGUGGUACAUACUGGUACGCCCGCAAUGACACCUCACCCUCACCGAAGACCCUUGCUUCUGCAGUCGUAUUCACAGGAACAACCAUUAUUGCUGGAGGAAUUGUUGGAGCAGGAAAAACGAGAGCAGGAGAAGCAGCAGCAGCAGCAACAGCAACAACAACAGCAGCAGCAACAGCAGCCGCCGCCGCCGCCGCAACAGCAGCAGCAGCAGCAGAGCGAGAAUACGAGCGCCGGAGGACCACUUCUAAGUGACAGUGAGUUUGAACAAAUUAAAGCAGAUAUUUUGGAAUCUGCACCCCUUGCUUCUCCUCCACAAGGAAUUACAUCAGUACCUGGAGGAGUUCCUGUAAUUAGGCCAUCUUGUACAUCAAGCCCACCAUCCGCUCCAGGUACCAAUUGGCAGCAGUCAGUACCAGACGCCACGAAAGUAGUCACUCAAGUGCCCAGACAACCAAUCGCCACCCAGACACCGCCAGAACCGAGGGUAGCCACGUUCAACGUCUCCCAGAUUCCUGCCCCACCCACGCCGCCGGAUACCAUUGCGAACGAACAGGACCGGCAAGUGCAACUGCAGUACGAGCAGUGGCUAAAUCAUCAGCGUCAAGUGUUGACACAGCAGUUGAAGUAUUACGAAACUGAGGUACAAAAGCUGCGUAAAAUACGAAAAUCCCUUAAUAGCAAACAACGACAGCUGCGAAAGUCUGGGAACGAAUUGACCGAGAACGACGCGGCCGAGUUGCAACGUAUUUCCAGCGAGCAAUCGAUACUGCAGAAACAUUUAGACGCGAGCCGUAAGCAAACCCGGCAACACGGCAUGUUGAUACAAGAAUACCAAAGUAAACAGCAGCAGAGACAGCCUCAGCAACAAAACAGCGAACCAUGUUCGCCGUUGAUGUCUCCUUCUCAACAUUCGCCAAUGCACAGUCCCGCCGCGCUUGUUUCUCAAAGUCCGGGCCCUGGUAACGUUGCAUCGAGCAUGAUACAACAUUCACCGGCGACUCCCAUUAUUCAACACAGUCCUAAUCCACCGUUGCUGCAACACAGUCCCGGUAAUCCACAGUCGGGAAAUCCGGGAACCAUGUCGCCCCAUAACAUGCAACAAUCGCCACGGAUCGGCACUCCGCACUCGCAGAACGAGGAGAGUCCCUUCAGUCCUGGAGCGAUGCCGUCGCCGGGAAUGUGUGGCCCUUCGGCAACUCGUAUGACGUCGCCGCAACAUCGUGCGAUUAUUACUGGAAGACUCGCAACUAGUCCGGGUGCCUUCACUCCAGACACUAGAAGUACCCAACAAAUUAUCAAUGAUCAAGCAGUCAGAGUUCACGGUCUUACUCAACGUUUCGUCCGUCCACCCGCCAUUGGAGAUCCAGGACAACGACCCAGAUUGCAGCUUCAAGGAGGAAUCGUGUAUGGUCAACGGUCUCCGCUUGGAAGCCCGCAGUCUAAUCAACAGUCUCUGAUGACUCAGCAACACCAGCAAAUGCUCCAAAGGCAGCAAAUUCUUCAACAACAGCAGCAGCAGCAACAACACGAGGCCACUGGGAUUCUUCAAGAUGGGCAGAACGCGAUGACUCAGCGCACGUUGCAAAUGGCGCAACAAAGGCAACAGAUGCUUCAGCAGCAGCAACAGCAGCAAAUAGCUCAACAACAGAGACAACAGUUUCUACAAAUGCAGCAGCAGCAACAGCAACAACAACAGCAGCAGCAGCAGCAACAUGUAAUGCAAAAACCGCCGAGUUCUCCGAUGGUGUCUCAACCUGCAAAUUCCCCAAGUCCUCAGCUUCAUCAACAGAUGCAACAGACUUACGGGCAACCUCCGAGUUCUCCUAUGCCUCGUAGUCCCAUGGUUCAACAGACUAUGGGUUCUCCUAUGCUUCAGCAGCAGCUGAGUCAGACAUCGCAACCACCCAGUCCAAUGAACUCAAGAAUGCAUCCGCACCCGCCAAGUUCACCAAUGAUAUCACAGUAUCAACCACCGAGUCCGAUGUCACGAAACCACCCUUCGACGUCGCCGAUGCUCCAGCAUCAGUUGAAUAAUGCGCAUCAUCCACCGCCGUCUCAACCGCCUAGCUCUCCCAUGCCGCGCAGUCCUAUGGUCGGUGGCUCGCCUAUGCAGAUGCAAAGAAGACAAUCUACCGGGAACAGUCCAGCGAUGCCAGAUCGACCACAGAGCGUGGAAAAUCCUGGAACUCCAAGAACACCGCACACUCCUCACACGCCUCACACUCCGCAUAAUUCUUACGCGACUCAGACAUCGAACAAUAUGUCUGUACAAAGUGAUCAACAGCAACAGAUGCAACAACAGCAUCAACAUCAACAGUCUAUCCAGCAGGAACAGGCGUCUACGACGACGGAGCAUACGAAUAGAGGAGGAGGAAACCCGCAUAAUCCUCUAAAUCCAUUACCUUUCGGACGGUUUGGUUACAUCAAGCUUGGAUUGAGGGGUGGUUCUCCUAUGUGGUCUACUAAGGCAGAGACCAGCAAAGGGAAAACUUCUGAAUCGCAUCUUUUAAACAUGGAGGAGAAACCAAACACGUCUGUGGUUGUGCACAGAAAAACUGGUAUACCGCAGUCGAAGAUUAACUCUCUGGUAUGCGCAGAUUAUAAUGAUUUUGACGAUGACUCGCACACACCACCUCAAACUCCACCGACCUCUAUAGAGACUAAACAAGCUACUUCAUUAUCAGACAAUGGACCCUUAACGUUGGGCAGUCCCAGUAACAAGUUGGAACCAAUACCCGAUACGACUGAUUAUGACGACGAUAAAACUAUCGUGAACACGGAAGUGACUUUGAGUUCCACAGCCCAGCGUGAUAGUGACGAUAUUACCGUGAUAGACCAAUUUGGAGACUCAGAACUUGAUAUGAUAACGGGGACGCUAGAAGGCGAUAUGCAAGAGGAAUAUGUACUUUUUGAGCCUGGCGUGGUUGUGGAUUUGUCAGCAGAUAGCAAUGAUUCCCUGUGUAAUGCAUUAGUCAACGAAGGGAGUCAAGGGCACGACUUAGUGCAAAUAUUGGAAAUUGAAAAUCCUGAAUCUCAAACAGACGAUCCGAUAUUGAGCGACGAGGACCUCGUGUCUUCUCAUACAAGGAACAAAAAGGGCCUAAGGCUGGAUAUAAUAAGAACCUUACAGUCUGGUAAGAGGCUAGUAGCAGUUACGGACACUCCGGAGUCACCGGAUCAAGAAGAACUUCGUGUGGAUCCAUCGCCUGGAUCGUACAUAGACCAAUCGCCCGAACAAGAUCUCAUGGUGUCUUUCGUUAACGAAUCGGAAGUCGUGAUCAUCGAUCCCAGUACAAAAUCGCCUGAAGAUAACUUGUCUAAAGAAUCGUGCACGGAGGAAGUCGAGAAGACGGAUACUGCUAGUGUUUCCGAGAUGCCGAAAGAGAAUACUAUCUUGGAAAGUGCUGCUGAAGAUGAAUCAAAGACGCAAAAAGAAUCAAAGCCGAGGAGUCCUACAACGUUUGUAUUCUCCGAAAAAGUACUUUACAAUCAAAUUCCGCCGUCAAGCAUGCAUCAUGCCAACAUUGGUGUACCUUCUACGUGCAAAUCCAUAGUAUCAUUAUCAAUCUCUUCAAGUACAAACGUUAGUAAUGGCAACACGGACACUGUUACUGGUACGUCCACUACUAUAUUAGUGGUAACGGACGCUACUAGUAAAUCGACGCCAAUUUUUACGACCCUGAGUAUAACAAAAGAGACCGUUCCGUCUUCCUUCAAUAAUCAAAAGCAGUUACCAUCGUCGAUGGCGAGUAUCGUAGCAGACGCUAAAAUUGCUGCCAAGCUCAGUCAAACAGCAUUGGAGAACAUGGCCAGCUCUCAACAAAAUGUGACGCAAGUAGAACCGUUACCUAAAAUCAGUUUACCGAAUUUGGAAGUUCCUAAGCCUCAGAUAACGAGUUCGGAUAAAGUCGUAUCGUCAGUGCCUAAAAUCCCGAAUGAAAUCACUAGUUUUAUCCAAAAUAUAGCUCCGAGCACAGUAGAGACGACAAGCAGUCCUACGAAAUUGAUCUUGAGCGUUCAACCAACGUCAGUCACAUUAUCGACGCCAAAAAUGUCGAUACCAGAACUUCCUAACAAAGAAAACGAAAAUAAAUCUGUCGUGGUCACCAAGGAGAAUCAGCCAGAAAUAUUGGAAAAAAAUGUAAAGGUUCAAAAUGAGAAGGACGAAACAGAUCAUUUAGCAAAAAAUUCGGAGGAAUCUGAUACGGCGGAUAGUUUGAGUGGAAACGUGGCCGCAAGCGUAACUUUGAGUCAAGAGUCAAAUCUAUCCGAUGACAAGAAAAGCGACCCUUUGAAUACCACUGACGAAUUGGAAAGUAUGCUCGAAGCGAUUCAUAAUCCUGCAGAAAAUACCAUAAAUAGAGAUAAUUCUCAUACGGAGAGUAAUAAAUCAGACACGGCUUCUUCAUUGAAAAGGAUAUCGCCAGUUACGGACGAUUUGUCAUUGGUAAAUAUUUUGGAGAACGAUUCGGAACCGGUUGAAAAUGAAAGUAAAGAAGAAAACGUAACGACGUCUGAAGCUCAGAAAAUAAACAGUAAAGCGAAAGAUAUUGAGACUAGUAUCGCAGACAACACUAAUUCUAACAUACCCCCGAAAGAAAAGAAACACAAUGAAUUGUGUACAGAAGUCGAAACGAGUAAGCCUUAUGUCCAACAUUGUCUCAAUGAAGAAAAAGGUAUGAUGGAGGAAUCAUCGGACGAUAUAUUGGAUAUGCUACAGAACAUUAUAUCAUCGAAGCCAGAAAUGGCGAACAGCGACAUGCUUCAAGAAGACAGAUCAAGAAAAUCGAGUAUGAUGUACGACCUACCAACACCUUUAGAUACUCUGCCUCUAAACAUUCUUCAAGACUCCUUAAUGGAUUUGGAGCAAGAACAUUCCGACAAUGAACAUGUCUUACCGAACGAGAACAAACCACUAAAAGCGCAGAAAAGCAGUCCGCCACCUCCGGAGCCUACGCCUAAGAGGAACUCUCCGAUCCCGCAGCCGAAUACUCCUUUGGUUGUAAGUACUGUAGCGCAGUUACAGAAAUGCACUACAACGGUACCUCAUCUUUCUCCUCUGUCGAAACCUACAGAAUUAACAUCAAACGUCGCCAACGUGUCGCAUCAGCUGAGAACAUUAUUAUCUUCGCUACAAACUAAUCAUUCGCAAAAUUGCACAACCGUAAGUCAAACCGCCAUGAUCACUAUGGUGUCAUCGGCGAUUUCGGGUCCAAAAACGGGAAACAUACUAACUACAAUCAGCACAUCCUCGCCAAAUUCUGUAAAUAAUCUUCAUAGUAACGCAAACGUUCGGCUGCAGUCCUCCAUGAUCACAUCUCAUCCGACGAUCACGAGCAAACCUGAUCUAGAGACGACGGCGACAGCGACGACGUCCACGUCGACGACCAGUUAUACCCCACAUACAAAAGAAAGUACAAAUUCUACAGUAAGCGUUGUUUCUACUUUGUCUAAGGUCGCUCCAUCGGAGUCGUUUUUACGAAUCACUUCCAGUGGAGUACAAUUGCAAGCUACUUCUACUAAUAGCCUCUCCCUGCAAACGUCGUCUGUGAUGAGCCCAAGACUAUCGACACAUUCGGGUAUCUCGAUUACUUCAAAUGCGAUGUUGAAUGCGAUGCUGGCUGGCACGAACUCUGCGAAACCUUCAAUCGCUGGACAUCGGACGAAUACCGUUCCGACGCAGGCCAGCAAUUUGUUGAGCUCGGUAAUGGCAACUUCCGUGCAACGGACGCAGAGUCUUCAAGCUAUCCUGCAAGUGAGUUCAGCCGCCUCCUCCUCGGCACCUUCUCGCGUGGUGGUGAACGCCACGUCAACGACAGUGACAACGUCGAUGCAAUGUGUUAGAACCAUCGUACCUCCCAUAGUGACCGCGAGUACCAACAGCAUUAACGUUAGUACCAGCAUAUUGCAAUCUACUUUGUCUCAAACACCUACACUUCUCCAUUCUCAACUUACGUCUGGUUCCGGAAGUUAUAAAUCAACUACUCACUUACCGGUGGAGACUAAGAAUGCUGAUCUGACGCAGACUGCGCCGUCGAAAAAAGAGCCGGAAGAAUCUAAUUGCAAACCACAAUCAGUACUAGAGAAACCGUCAACAGUUAGAUCUGAGAUAGAAAUAAAUAAAAGUUCAGCAGGUUCUCACAGAAUGGAGGAAUCUCAGAAUGUAUUAUUAAAGCAAUUGCUGCAGAAUUCUGCAUGUGCAACGACUACUCUAUGCUCUGGUUCUUCGCAAGGUCCUAGUUUGCCUAUAGUACCAUCUUUAGAAGCGCAACUAGCGAGACCAGUACCGCCUACUCCAUUUUCUGUUCUACCGCCUUUGGUCAACGAAGUGCCAGCACCUAAGACUACCGGUAAUAAACAAGUCUUAAACAGGGAGACGUCGUUCUUGUCGCAGUCAGUAACACCUUUGAAAGUGCAAAGUCCACCGAUUAAAGAAGAACCGCCGAAGCCACCUCCACCCUUAACAACUUCUGCACCGAUCCUCUCUCAACAACGGGUUGAUACAUUUGUAAAGCAACAGAUAACUACGCAACCUGCCAAGACCACUUUGACUCAAGCGAACCAACAACCAACGAUGACGAUUACUAAGCAAGUACCGCCGUCGCUCUCGGUCAAGACCACGGAAACAACGACCCCCAUCGUGAAGCAAGAACCAUCGACCAUUAAUCAACCACCGUCGAAACCAGCUAAUGAUAUCAUCGUCAAUAGUACCGCGCCCAUUCAGCAACAACAGUGUGUAUCGACUCCCACGGCCGUGUCACGAGUGAUACCACAAGCGAAACCAGUGAUCACAACUGUGACUAGUAAAUGUAUACAGUCGACGACGCAAGUAUCGAGUACCGUUCAAGCGACGCAGCAACAACCGCUGACGCCUAUCACGGCAGCGCAGCCACCGCCACCACAGCAGACCCAAGUACAGACUCACCCCCAAAUACCGGUCACCCAGAAAACGAUCGCCUCGACCCAGCAGCAGCAGCAGCAACAACAACAACCCCCACAACAUGUAAACACAAUACCGCCAUCAGUGCCUCAUACGGUGUCUCACACGGUGGGCCACCAAGCCCAGGCGUCACAGGGUGCAAAUGCACAACACACAGUGCCUUUAAGGGAAGUCAAAAAUGAAGUUCUUGAUGAAGUUCUAUCUAGUGGUACACCUACCCAAUUAACUGAUACCAAAGACUUUCUUACUGCCAAAGAGGAGCUUAUUGACGGAUCGAUUGACGACAAAACUGAUCUCAAGAAGUUGAAAAGGCGACAAUAUCAACAAAAACGGAAGCAAAGUCAGGGAAAGGACCAGGCGACAGCACCGCAAAAGAAGCGUGCUAGAAAAAUAUCUCGCUUAGAUGAGGAUUAUGACACGUUCAUUGACAACUUAAUGUCACAAUUACGGCAACUUCAGCCAAUGGCAGUAUUAGAACCACUUUUAGGCAGAAAUUACGGCGUGUGUCCUAUCUUUGGUUCGGGAGAUCUGACGAAAAUCGGCAGUCAAAAAGAUUACAACACGAGGACGGGAGACUUAGUCGGUUCUUAUGGAUCCGCUACAUUGCCGGGUGUAUCCGAUCACUACAACACUCAACCGUUCGGCGAAAUGGAACCCCUGCCACCUCAACAGCCUGUUUCUACUCAAAGAGGAUUUUAUGAUCAAGAAUUUCCACCUCUUAAAUUGGACGAUUCCGAUGAUAAAAAGGAGAAUUCUUUAUCAAUGAACCGCGACGUCGACUCCCCGGACACGAUAGUCAGUUCCUCCUCACCCGAGUGUGUUAUCCCGGAAUUUAUACAUCGAUUCCCGGGAUUAAGAUUGAUCGAGGAAGAGUCGGACGAGGAAUCGGACUGGCUGAAACGAGUGUCACCCGUCAUACCUUUAAUUUCACCGAUACCAAUCAGAUUAAAACCGACUUAUGUCGGCAAAGACAUUGCUAAACAAGAUAAAGAGAAUUUAGGAGUACCACGGCUUGGAAAAUCACCUCCAAUAGCCUUGAGGGAUGGCAAUGUAACAGUUACAUUGACUUUGAAUAGUCAGGCUGCAGACGACAUAAUGGGAGUACUUAAGGAUUUGGCUAAUAUCUUAAAUAUAGCUCCUCCCACUAGUUACCAGAUAGUAGAACGUACUACUACUCCCCCUAGUCAGAAAUUAGGUCUUUAUAGAAUCAAGGGAAAAGAUGGUAAAGAGGGAGCCCCGAUUGAUAUACAAAGUAUUUUGAAUGGCGCCGCUAAAUUCUGUCGUCAUUGCGAUGUUGUGAUAUUGAAUAGCUUAAUAAGAAAGAAAGUAUCCGAUUUACCAUUUUUAAGUAAAGAAGAGGCUGAGCCCGGCGAUGAGUUAUGUUUCUGUUCGGCAGCCUGUUAUAUGCAAUUUGCUCUUAUGCACAGAACACCUUCGAACACCCAAGACAAGGCUGCAAUGAUAGUUGAUCACUUAUGUCAUAAUAAAGUAGACAAGGUAUUAGACGAUGAUUUCAAGAAAGGGAAAAAAUAUAUGUUGAAACCUCCGGUUGAUCAUACCGAAAGUAUAGAAAUCGAACAGACAGAAAAGGAAACUGAGGUGAAGAUUAAAAUAGAGAACGAGGAACAAGACGUUCCUGAGGCGAAAGACGAAAUGACAGAAGAUAAACGGCCAAAGAAACAUACGACCGAAGAAUCCUCCAUUGACUCGGCUGAGACGCAACAACCACCUUCGAAAGUAUGGAGAGGUUUACGGUACAAGACGUGGUCUCUCGGCUCGAUGCAACCUCAAACCAAGUACAAAAAACCAAAUGAUAAAGAAAUCACAGAGAUGCUCUUCCGCUUGGGGGUAACCGUGGUACCUGCCAAAACGGAAGACAGUCGACGGUGCAUGUUUUGUCACAGUCAAGGUGAUGGUACAGCCGAUGGCCCCGCUAGACUACUUAAUUUUGACGUUGACAAAUGGGUGCAUUUAAACUGCGCCCUUUGGUCAGAAGAUGUGUACGAAACUGUAAAUGGUGCCUUGAUGAAUCUUGAUACUGCUUUGCAACAUAGCCUUGUAUUAAAUUGUAUCGUUUGUGAGAAACCGGGGGCUACCGUAAAAUGUUUUAAAAUGCGCUGUACCAACGUAUACCAUCUUGGCUGCGCUGUUAAAGAUGGCUGUGUUUUUUAUAAGAAUAAGAGUACCUACUGCGCUCAGCAUGUGCAAAAAAACGAGAAAGAUAAUGAACUGACCACGCUUUCCGUCUACCGAAGGGUUUACGUGAACCGUGACGAGAAUAGACAAGUCGCAGCUGUGAUGCAUCACUCGGAACAUAAUCACCUGCUGAGAGUCGGAAGUCUGAUAUUUUUAAGCGUCGGGCAACUGCUUCCGCAUCAACUCACCAAUUUUCACACACCGAACUACAUAUACCCCGUCGGAUACAAAAUCGUCAGGUUUUAUUGGAGCAUGAGGCGGCCGAACAAACGCUGCCGGUACGUGUGUUCCAUCCACGACGUUUCCGGUCGCCCCGAGUUUCGCGUCUUGGUACAAGAACCUUUACAAGAAGACGUCGAACUACGAGACGCGACUCCUCGCGCUGUGUGGAGCAGAAUCCUCGAACCACUCGCCGAACUUAGAAAAACAACACAUAGCGUUCAACUGUUCCCGCGUUACGUUUCCGGCGAAGAUCUGUUCGGACUGACAGAGCCGGCGGUUGUUCGUGUUCUAGAAAGUCUUCCAGGCAUCGAGACUCUGACCGAUUACAGAUUUAAAUACGGUCGAAAUCCUCUAUUAGAAUUACCGUUAGCGAUUAAUCCUACCGGCAGUGCGAGAACAGAAGCUCGUUUACGGAAUCAACUACCCUGGAAAAGGCCGCACACGCAGCGGACAGGCAACUCUGCUCGGGCGGCCUUCGCUCCGACCGCGACCGUUGCAGGCGAAGUAGCGUGUCCCUAUUCGAAACAAUUUGUCCAUUCUAAAAGCUCGCAGUACAAGAAGAUGAAGCAGGAGUGGCGGAAUAACGUAUACCUAGCGCGCUCCAAGAUACAAGGUCUGGGGCUGUACGCUGCGCGCGAUCUGGAGAAACACACAAUGGUCAUUGAGUACAUUGGGGAGAUCAUCCGUACUGAAUUGGCCGAAACCAGGGAGAAGCAAUACGAAGCAAGGAAUCGUGGUAUUUAUAUGUUCCGCUUGGACGAAGAGAGAGUGGUCGAUGCGACUUUGUGUGGGGGUCUGGCAAGGUACAUCAACCACUCUUGUAACCCGAAUUGUGUCGCUGAAAUCGUUGAGGUUGAACGUGAUCUUAGAAUCAUAAUCUUUGCGAAGCGGAGAAUCUCACGUGGCGAGGAGCUGGCAUACGAUUACAAAUUUGACAUUGAAGAUGACCAGCACAAGAUAGCAUGCGCAUGUGGCGCGCCUAACUGCCGCAAGUGGAUGAACUAAAGAGCUCGAUCCACCGUUGUUAUUGUUACUACGUUAUUGGGUAGGUUUUACAUGAAGAAAAGAAUUAUAUAUAUAUAAAUAUAUAAAUAUAUAUGAUAAACACAUUAUUUAAUUUGUAAAGUGCCAUUGCAGUUUGACUAAUUGAUUCAUAGUGAAGUUGGUGCUAUGCCAUCACAACAUUCCUCCAAAGUUGUACAAUAUUAGUUUUACUUUACAAAACAUAGAGACAUUGAAUCGCUUGUAUAUUACGGACACUCUUUGAGGACACGACACGGAGUAAUUGCAAAAAAAAAUAUAACAAAUUUUAUGGGUCGUGUGUAUGUAUACAGAAAGUUUGUAUCUUUGUAUGUUGAAUAGUGUCAACGUCCGGUUGAUCGAUAUUGUAAUAUAAAUCGUUUAAUAAUUAUUAUUACAUUGCACUGUAUUUGUACAUACGUAGAGGUCCAUGUUAUUUUGAAUCACCAGAAGAUGAAUUAUGUAAAGUAACAGUAUCUAAUUUAGAAUUAUAUACAAUUAUAUCUAUUUCAUUAUAUGAUAAUAAAUCCGUACAAAAUCUACUGAUCUAUUUCGUUUUUGUAUAUCCUUUUUUUUUUCUCGUAUAAUUCGAUUUGUCAACGCUUCGUGUGUAUGUAAAUAAAUGAUAUUCGCCUUUGGAGCCUUUUUGCCGUGAAUAGAUGCUAUUGCGUGAAUUGCGAAUUUACCAAACGUCAGAAAUACGAAAGUGGUCACGUCUUUGUUGUUAAAUAAACUUUCUUUGGUCACACACGAUUUGUAAAUGAAUCGCAGAUUUAUAUAUUCUUAAAAAUGUUACAAUUGCAUAAUGAAACUUAAAGCGAAACUUGUUUUUUACAAACACUUGUAAGCAAAAUCAAUUUUUGAAGUGCGAUUUUAUAGCCGAAACUUACCUUUUCAUAUUCGAUCGGUUCGACUUGUAUGAAAACGGCAGAUGUAAAGAAACAAUGAUUUCUAUAGGUGAGAGUGAAACAAUAACAUAAAAACGAGAUCAUGUUCACAAUUUUAUUUUUAUAACUGUAAAAUAAUAUUUACAAAUGAAUAUAUAUCGCAUGUACACAAAGUACACAGUCGUUUUUCCAAGUUUCGGUAGUUAGUAUAAUAAAAGAAUACGACAAACGCUAAAAUAAUAUUUACAUGAGUAUUCUCGAUUCUAUGUGUGUGUCGCAAGUAAUUUAUACAGAACAAGUAUAUCUCCGACGAAGUCUUUGAAAUGUUUAAUUCUGUUUAAUUGGAUAAGAGAGGAGAAGACGCGAGAAAUACUUUCCGCAUCCGUGGGAACGUAAUGCGGACGCAUUUGUAUGAACGCUUGGGGGGUAAAACAAAGUGAAAGGGAUGGCGCGAUUACGCAGAUCGUAAAAAUAUGCAAUAAUGCAAAUGAAAAGCGAGUAAUAGUGUGAUCGGUGAAAAAAUUAUACGAACGUAAAUGCGAAGAAGUAAUACAUCGUGAGGGAAAUGUAUUUUAAAUGCAAUUCUUUGGCAUUUAUGCACGUUACAAUUGUAAGGCGGUCUAAAACGUUACAACACCGUGUGUAAUCUAUGUACAGUUUUAAAAAAGUAACUAUCACUUUAAGCGUAAAAGUAAGUAUGGAGACAAGGUACGACGCUUACAAAAAACCACUUGCGUAUACUACUUAUAUGUAUAUUCGACGAUUUGGACAACAAUAUAUUGUAAACAUUUCGCUAUAUAUAAUAUAUAUAAACCGGCUUUCAUCUUCCGCAGAUUUUGUAAAUUGAUACUGAUCGGUAUGCUGCGCGGCUGAACGUAUACUCUGAGUGUAUAUUGUAUAUUGUUUCUAACGCGAUGAUAAAAUCUAGCGAGGAUUUUUCGAGUAUUUAAUCUUUAAAAGAAAAAGAAUUAAUAGAAAUAAAACGAGGAGAAGUUUCACCGUGUUCAGUGUAAUUUUUUGUUGUCAAAGUACGUAGUACAUUUAUAAUAGCAAAUGGUUGUCGAUAUCGUGUUUAUUAAAUUUCGUAGCUGAUUAGAAUGAUUGUGUAACAAGUCUUAUUCGCUUUCUCAUUUCUUAACGUCGCAUUAAGUUUUCCCUGAAGAAGGAUUUCUGUCAAACGUUGCUUAUACCGUUUAGACUGUUUCCGCAACAUCUGUCCCCUUUUCGGGUCAUCGCGAAGAAAUCAGUUAACAAACUUCGUUUAGGUAAGGACUCGAUCAAGGUGACAAUUAGUACCAGUUUGUAAUUAAAUCCUGAGGUAUGUCUUAAUUUUAGAUAUUAAGUUGUAAUAAAAAUUUUUGAUGAUAUAA